CUUAUACAUCGUACAUCGAGCAAACCCAGGCCAUAGCUACAGUAAGAUCAGGUUAGAAGCAGCUACGUCAAGAAUGGCCUCCGAUCAACGGUCCAGCAGGGCCCCGAUGGUCAAGAACAGGGCCCCGGCCAAGAUCCAAAUCACCGCCGAACAACUCCUCCGCGAAGCCCAAGAACGUCAAGAACCCUCUUUCCGCGCCCCCGGUCAAAACAUCACCGACCUAGAAGAACUCUCCGAAUACCAAGGACGUAAACGUAAAGAAUUCGAAGAACGUAUCCGAUAUUCCCGGUCGGCCUUGAGGGAAUGGAUGAAAUACGCUCAAUGGGAAGCUGGGCAGAACGAAUUCGAAAGGGCUAGAUCGGUUUUCGAAAGAGCUUUGGAUGUGGAUGCGAGGGCGGUGGAAUUGUGGUUGAGGUAUGCGGAGACGGAACUGAAGGCGAGGAAUGUGAACCAUGCGAGGAAUGUGUAUGAUCGGGCGGUCACGCUCUUGCCGAGGGUGGAUACGAUCUGGUACAAAUACGUCUACCUGGAAGAACUCCUCCUCAACGUCCCGGGCGCCCGACAAGUGUUUGAACGGUGGAUGACUUGGGAGCCUGAUGACAAGGCCUGGCAAGCCUACAUCAAGCUCGAAGAACGCUACUCGGAACUCACCCGCGCUUCCGCCUUGUACGAACGCUGGAUCGCCUGCCGCCCUACUCCGAAGAACUGGGUCACCUGGUCCAAGUUUGAGGAAGAUCGCGGAGAAAUAGACAAGGCCAGGGAAGUCUUCCAGACGGCCCUAGAGUUUUUUGGGGAUGGGGAGGAAGAGGUGGAUAAGGCUCAGGGGGUCUUUGGGGCGUUUGCGAGGAUGGAGACGAGGUUGAAGGAGUUUGAGAGGGCGAGGACGAUUUACAAGUACGCCCUGGCUAGGUUGCCGAGGACAAAGUCUGCCAAUCUUUACACAUCUUAUACUCGAUUUGAGAAACAACACGGCGACCGGUCCGGCGUAGAACUCACCGUCCUCGGCAAACGUCGAAUACAGUACGAAGAGGAACUCGCUCACGAUCCGACAAACUACGACGCCUGGUUUUCUCUGGCACGUCUGGAAGAGGACGCUUACAGGAGCGAACGGGACGAGAGCGAGGAUGGAGAGGGGAGCGGGCCGGGAAGGGUAAGGGAGACUUAUGAGCGGGCUGUGGCUAAUGUGCCGCCGUCGAGUGAGAAGAGGUUUUGGAGACGGUAUAUCGUGAUCUGGUUGCAAUACGCCGCUUUCGAGGAGAUCGAUACCGAGGACUAUGAGCGGGCUCGAGACGUCUACAAGGCGGCCGUCAAGCUUGUCCCCCAUAAGCAGUUCACGUUUGCUAAACUCUGGGCUGCUUACGCCACCUUCGAAGUCCGAAGACUCGAUGUCACUACCGCACGCAAGAUCUUCGGCGCCGCUAUCGGCAUGUGCCCUAAACCGAAACUUUUCGUCGAGUAUAUCGAGAUGGAGCUUCAUCUGAGAGAGUUUGACCGAUGUAGGACGCUCUACCAGAAGUUCCUUGAGUACGACCCAUCACUCGGACAAGCCUGGAUCAGGUGGACCGAGCUCGAAAAGGAACUCGGUGACGUCGAUCGUGCUCGAGGUAUCUUUGAGCUGGCCGUACAACAGGCUCUCGACAUGCCCGAAUUGGUCUGGAAGGCUUUCAUUGACUUUGAGGCUGGUCAGGGUGAACGAGAGCGAACGAGGAUAUUGUACGAGAGGCUCUUGGAGAGGACCGCUCAUGUCAAGGUCUUCAUCUCGUACGCCCUCAUGGAGGCCAGCAAGAUUGGAGGAACCGAGGAGGACGACGAGGGCGAGGCCGAGGCUGCCCAGGUCGAGGCAGAGAUUGAAGGCGAUACUGGCGAUCCCGAAAAGGCCCGAGCCGUUUUCGAGCGAGGCUACAAGGCGCUCAAGGAGCGUGGCGAGAAGGAGAACCGAGUGGUACUGCUGGAAGCCUGGAAGUCGUUCGAGGAAGAGCAGGGCUCGGCGGAAGAUGUGCAAAAGGUGCAAGAGAUGAUGCCCAAGGUUAUGAAGAAGUGGCGACAAGCCGAAGAUGGCAGUGGGCUCGAAGAAUACUGGGACAUGGUCUUUGCCGACGACGAGAAAGAGGCCAAUCCGGCGAGCUUCAAAUUCUUCCAGGCUGCACAGGAAUGGAGUCGGAACCGUGGCAAUCUGGGAUUGGAUGAUGACGACGAUGACGAUGAUAGCAGCGAUGAUGAUGACGAAUAAUGUACAAAGUCCAUAGGAUGUCGAGUUCAAGCUAUCAGAUUGGCGUUGUUGACGA